AUGAACCCAGAUACUGUUCUUCGAGUGGGCAAAAUAUUCAAAACCUCCUAUGGCGGUGAUGGUGUGGAUUUCAUUGAUCAGCUUAAUUACCAGUUUACCGGCGGCCUUCUUGUUAUCUUUAUAGCAAUCAUCGGCAUCCGACAAUAUGUUGGUAAGUUUUAA